AGAUUAAAGCAUUGGUACCAUACAUUUUUAGAGAAAUGAAAAAGCAAAAAAGUCAGACAGAAAUUACAAUGUAUUUCUGUGAAGCUGCAUCACGCAUGCCUGCCUCCCCCUCUACCUUCCCUCUACCUUUUCUGCCUUUGCCACCCCUGAGACAGCAGGACCAACCAGCCCCCCAUCCUCCUAAGCCUAUUCAAUGUGAAGACAAUGAAGAUGAAGACUUUUGUGAUGACCCACUUCCACUUAAUAAACACUAUCAAAGCAGAAGAACAUAAUAAAAGACAAAAGGAAAGAAAUGUCACCACACAGGUAUCAGUGAACGAAAUCAAACAAUAUUUAUCACACAUAUUGGAACAAAGAACAUCUAGUAAUGUAAUCAAUAAAAGAGAAAAUCUCCUGGAGAAAAAGAAGAAUCAACGUAAAAUAAGAAUAAAAGGAUUUCAAAAUAAAGAUAUCUUGAAGAGAAAUAAGAAUCAUUGGUGAGAAGAAAAGAACAGGAGAAGAACUAUGAAAACAGCAGAUGUGAGGAGCAAGAAAGAUGGUGAUUGGCUGCGCUAAACUGAAAAUACAAAAGCAAGCAGAGAAAAAUUUUACAGAUGAAGGAGACCAGCUAUUUAAGAUGGGCAUCAAGGUUCUCCAGCAGUCUAAAAGCCAAAAACAAAAAGAAGAAGCCUACCUACUUUUUGCCAAAGCAGCUGACAUGGGAAACUUGAAAGCUAUGGAGAAAAUGGCUGACGCUUUGCUAUUUGGAAAUUUUGGCGUGCAAAAUAUAACAGCAGCUAUCCAAUUAUAUGAGUCCUUGGCUAAAGAAGGAUCAUGUAAAGCCCAAAACGCAUUAGGAUUUUUGUCUUCUUAUGGAAUAGGAAUGGAAUAUGAUCAAGCUAAGGCACUGAUAUAUUACACCUUUGGAAGUGCUGGAGGAAACAUGAUGUCCCAGAUGAUUUUGGGGUACAGAUAUUUGUCGGGAAUCAAUGUUCUACAGAAUUGUGAAGUUGCCCUAAGUUAUUACAAGAAAGUGGCAGAUUAUAUUGCUGACACAUUUGAAAAAAGUGAAGGUGUUCCAGUGGAAAAAGUGAGACUAACGGAAAGACCUGAAAAUCUGAGUUCUAACAGUGAGAUUUUGGAUUGGGACAUAUACCAAUACUAUAAAUUUUUGGCAGAAAGAGGAGAUGUUCAGAUACAAGUCUCUCUUGGACAAUUACAUCUAAUUGGCAGGAAAGGUCUAGAUCAGGAUUACUACAAAGCAUUACACUACUUCUUAAAGGCAGCAAAGGCCGGGAGUGCAAAUGCCAUGGCAUUUAUAGGAAAGAUGUAUUUAGAGGGGAAUGCUGCCGUGCCGCAAAAUAACACUACUGCCUUCAAGUACUUUUCCAUGGCAGCCAGUAAGGGCAAUGCAAUCGGCCUUCAUGGGCUUGGUCUUCUUUACUUUCGUGGAAAAGGAGUUCCCCUGAAUUAUGCCGAAGCACUUAAAUACUUUCAGAAAGCUGCGGAAAAAGGGUGGCCCGACGCACAGUUCCAGUUAGGCUUCAUGUACUACUCUGGCUCUGGAAUAUGGAAGGAUUAUAAACUUGCCUUCAAAUAUUUUUACCUGGCAUCUCAGAGUGGGCAGCCCCUCGCCAUUUAUUAUCUGGCCAAGAUGUAUGCAACAGGAACAGGAGUAGUAAGAUCAUGCAGAACUGCUGUGGAGCUUUAUAAAGGUGUCUGUGAACUAGGCCACUGGGCUGAGAAAUUCCUGACAGCUUACUUUGCCUAUAAGGAUGGUGAUAUAGAUUCUUCUCUUGUUCAGUAUGCACUGCUUGCAGAAAUGGGGUAUGAAGUAGCUCAAAGCAAUUCAGCAUUCAUUUUGGAAUCUAAAAAGGCUAACAUUCUUGAAAAAGAGAAGAUGUAUCCAAUGGCGCUUCUCCUAUGGAAUCGAGCUGCCAUUCAAGGCAAUGCAUUUGCUAGAGUAAAAAUUGGAGAUUACCAUUACUAUGGCUAUGGGACUAAGAAAGACUAUCAAACAGCAGCCACACACUACAGCAUUGCAGCCAACAAAUACCACAACGCGCAAGCCAUGUUCAAUCUGGCUUAUAUGUAUGAACACGGCUUAGGCAUCACAAAGGACAUUCACUUGGCCAGAAGAUUGUACGACAUGGCUGCUCAAACGAGUCCAGAUGCCCACAUACCUGUGCUCUUUGCCAUCAUGAAACUGGAAACUACGCAUUUGCUCCGGGAUAUCCUGUUUUUUAAUCAGUUCACAACGAGAUGGAACUGGCUGAAACUGGACAACACCAUUGGAGCACACUGGGACUUAUUUGUGAUUGGCCUCAUUGUUCCUGGGCUGAUUUUGUUGCUUAGAAAUCACCAUGGGUAGGAUGCAGAUCACAGGAAAACCUGCUCACGGCAAUCAGUUCACUCCAAGGUAUCCCCACUAAAUAAACAGUUUCCCAUCCAAA